CAACCCUGCGCGUCGACAGCUGACUGCCCCAUACCCAUCUCGCUCGCACUCUCUUUCCUUCCACGCCGUCAGCCGCAAAAAAAAGCAGGCGACGCUUAAAUAUUCGUAAAUAUUUCGGCAGCCGAGUUCACAGCGGACAGCGUCCACGCGAUUACUGAAAAGACCCACGAAGAUGCCGCCAAAGAAGCACGAUGAGCCGGAGCGCAAGCCACUGAUCGGCAGAAUCGGAACGAACCUGAGAAUCGGAAUCGUUGGCGUUCCCAACGUGGGCAAGUCCACUUUUUUCAACGUUCUGACCCAAAGUGCCGCCCCCGCGGAGAACUUCCCCUUCUGCACCAUCAAGCCGAAUGAGAGUCGUGUUCCGGUGCCCGAUGAGCGUUUUGAUUACCUGGUGGAGUACCACAAGCCGGCCAGCGUGGUUCCUGCGUAUUUAAACGUCGUGGACAUUGCUGGCCUGGUGAAGGGAGCCGCCGAGGGCCAGGGACUUGGAAACGACUUCCUCUCGCACAUCAGCGCCUGCGAUGCCAUUUUCCACUUGUGCCGCGCCUUCGAGGAUCCGGAUGUGACCCACGUGGAGGGCGAGGUGGAUCCAGUGCGCGAUCUGGAGAUCAUCUCCGAGGAGCUGCGCCUCAAGGACGAGGAGAAUCUGCUCAAGAACUUGGACAAACUGGAGAAGGUGGUGGCCCGUGGCGGCGACAAGAAGCUCAAGCCCGAAUACGAUUCGAUGCUGAAGAUCAAGGACAUCCUCAUCGACCAGAAGCGUCAUCUGCGCUUCGAGGACUGGAAUGCCCAUGAUAUUGAGGCUUUGAACAAGUAUCUGUUCCUGACCUCCAAACCGGUCAUCUACCUGGUGAACCUCUCCGACAAGGACUUUAUCCGCAAGAAGAACAAGUGGCUGCCGAAGAUCAAGGAAUGGAUCGACAAGAACGAUCCCGGAGCACUGCUCAUUCCCUUUUCCGGCGCCUUUGAGCACCAGCUGACCGAAAAGGACGAUCUGGAGCGCAAGGCCUACGAGACGGAGACCAAGUGCAAGAGCAUGCUGGAGAAGAUCAUCGUGACGGGCUACAAGGGCCUGCAGCUGGAGUACUUCUUCACCGCCGGACCGGAUGAAGUGAAGGCCUGGACCAUCCAGAAGGGCACCAAGGCUCCACAGGCCGCCGGACGCAUUCACACCGACUUUGAGAAGGGUUUCAUUAUGGCCGAGGUGAUGCACUUCGAGGACUUCAAGGCGGAGGGCAGUGAGGCGAACGCCAAGGCCGCUGGCAAGUAUCGCCAGCAGGGACGCAACUACACCGUCGAGGACGGCGACAUCAUCUUCUUUAAGUUCAACGCCGGCGCUGGCCUCAAGGAUGCCAAGAAGAAAUGAUACCAUUUGAUCGUGAUCAUCGCCAUGUCCACCGUUCUGUACAUUAACUUGAUCUUAUACUCCCAGAUGUUUCGCUUCGCCAGAGGCUAGCUCCUCAUUGCCACACCACACCCCUCACUCUCAUGUUCGAGGCCUGAAAAUGCAUUUUGAAUUUCCUUUUUUUUGUACGCUAUGUAAACACGCUUAUGACACACA